AUGAAAUUUCCGGCGGAAAAUCAGAGGAAACCGAGCAGCAGCUGGAGUCCUCCUCCAGUGGCAGUCCAGACCAACCUCGUUCCCCCGAAAAAAGUCCAACCCGGGAUGCUGCAGUCCAGUUUGGUGCAGGCCAGUGUGGCCACAAUGCAGAACCCAAUGGGAUGUUCACUUCCUCGCCUCUCUGUUUCGCGGCCUGCGAGCAUGGUAGCCAGUAUGGAGGCAGGGGCCGAUGGCUCGGCACUUCUGACUGUGAUGAAGUGGAAGACGGUGCUGGCUGUGUUCGUGGUGGUGGUGAUUUACUUAGUGGCCGGUGGUUUGGCGUUUCGAGCCCUCGAGCAGCCGUUUGAAAGAAACCAGAAGGACACGAUUACAGCCGAGAAGGCAGCGUUCCUGCAAAAGCAUCCUUGUGUCACACCAGAUGAACUGGAGAUUCUCAUUAAGCACUCCGUCGAUGCGUUCAGCGCUGGCGUGAGUCCGAUAGGAGACACAACGUACAACUUCAGCUACUGGGAUCUCGGCAGUGCGUUCUUCUUCGCUGGUACUGUGAUUACAACUAUAGGAUACGGGAACAUCGCUCCAAGGACAGAGGGAGGGAAAACUUUCUGCAUUCUGUAUGCCAUAUUUGGCAUCCCACUCUUCGGCUUCCUGCUGGCUGGAGUUGGAGAUCAGCUUGGCACCAUCUUUGUAAAGACCAUCGCCAAAGUGGAGAAGAUGUUCAGGAACAAGAAUAAUCAAAUCAGCCAGACGAAAAUCCGCGUGGCCUCAACAUUACUCUUCAUCCUCGCUGGCUGCAUCGUCUUCGUCACAAUUCCUGCAGUUAUUUUCAAAGAAAUUGAAGAAUGGACGGCGCUUGAUGCAAUUUAUUUUGUUGUUAUCACACUAACGACCGUUGGCAUUGGGGACUAUGUUGCAGGAGGAAACAGGUCAAAAGAGUACUAUAACUGGUACAAGCCACUGGUUUGGUUCUGGAUCCUGGUUGGUCUGGCGUACUUCGCUGCUGUACUGAGUAUGAUCGGCGACUGGCUACGAGUCCUGUCCAAAAAGACAAAAGAGGAGGUUGGUGAGUUCAAAGCUCAUGCUGCUGAAUGGAAAGCAAAUGUUCGGGCUGAAUUCAGAGAAACAAGGCGUCGCCUGAGUGUGGAGGUUCAUGACAAACUCCAACGUGCCGCUACGAUUCGCAACAUGGAGCGUCGUCAGCUUGGAUUGGACCAACGUGCUCAAUCGCUUGACAUCUUAUCUCAUCCUAACGAGCGACGAGUCGCAAACUUCAACAUCCUGGAUGCGGCGACUAAUUUCAAGACAUCUUCACAGGAGAGCAUCAACACAAAGCUAAACGACAACGUCUUCAACCGAUUCGGCUCUGUGAGCAAACUGGCCAAACGAGCCAAGAACAAGGAACUGAAGAAGAACAUCCCAGGAGAUGGACGGAAAACCAGCAGUGAGGAGAAGAAAGAAAUGGAGGAGGAAGAGUUAGAGAAGGAGGUCAACACCAGCCUGUCAGAUCUGCCGUUGUUCGUUGAGAGCCCGAAAUCACAGAACGGAUUCGUGAUGGUGCCAGCAAAGACCAAAGAAGAAGAAGAGGAAGAAUUAGAAGAGGAGAAGGAAAACAAAUUUGAGCAGUUUCAUGUAGAAAUGAACGUCUAG